CUCGCGAUGCAGGACAUGAAACCUAGCUGUAUAUUAAGACCCGGAAAAAUGCCUGAUUCAGUCUUGAUGAUUUACGUCAUCGUCGGCGGAUUGUAGCCGUUGCCAGUCAUGUGACUGACCAGUGGAGAAAUGUUGAGCAGAGAGGAAUACCUGAGUGCCCACCUUGGCAUUAUCUAGCCGCGUAUACUCAUCCUCCUCCAUGUUUGCUCCUCAGAACGUGAAGUUUAAGUGGCUUUGUUUCUCAAGAGGGCCUUUGCUGUCGUGAGACGUCUGUACUUUGACAUAAGAUUGUUUGCUCAGAGACUUGUCACUUGACAGUUCCGACCCAGCCAAGAUGGAUGUCGAAGCACUCCUAGAGAAGUUGACGGUGGAAGAGAAGGUGGCCCUCACAGCUGGCAACGGCUGGUGGCACACAGCGACCAUCGAGCGUCUCGGCAUAAAACCUAUCCGACUCUCAGACGGGCCCAACGGCGUCCGCGGCACACACUUCUUCGACAGCACGCCCUCCGCCUGCCUCCCCUGCGGCACCGCGAUCGGCGCGACCUUCGACACUGAACUGGUGACGCGCCUGGGCCGGCUCCUCUCGGACGAGGCACACGCAAAGGGCGCACACGUUGUCCUUGGGCCAACGAUAAACAUCCAGCGCGGGCCACUCGGCGGGCGUGGGUUUGAGUCGUACUCCGAGGACCCGCUACUGUCGGGCAUCCUCGCGGGACACUAUGUGCGCGGCCUGCAGGAGAAGGGCGUGUCGGCCACGCUGAAGCACUUUGUAUGUAACGACCUCGAGCACGAGCGCAUGGCCGUCAACGCUAUCGUAACGGACCGCGCCAAGCGCGAGAUCUACCUGCUCCCCUUCAUGAUCGCCAUCGAACUGGGGCGGCCGCGGGCUGUCAUGACGGCAUACAACCAGAUCAAUGGGUGCCACGCCGCGGAGGACAAGACGCUCCUGAGGGAUAUCCUGCGCGGCGAGUGGGGGUGGGACGGGCUCGUCAUGAGCGACUGGUUCGGGACGUAUAGCACGUCCGAGGCGAUCAAUGCCGGCCUCGACCUCGAGAUGCCUGGGCCGACGAGGUGGCGGGGCGGCGCGCUCGCUCAUGCUGUCAUGUGCAACAAGGUCAAGAUGGCUGAGCUGGACUCGGCGGUGCGGAAUGUCCUGAGGCUGGUCAAGCAUGGCUUGGAGAACACGUCGAUCCCGCCCAACGCCCCUGAGAAGCAGGCCAACACGCCAGAGCACAUUGCUUUGCUGCGUGAGGCAGCAGCCAAGUCCUUGGUCUUGUUGAAGAAUGAAAGGGAUGUCCUUCCUUUUGACAAGAACAAGAAGGUUGCUGUGAUUGGACCCAAUGCCAACAUUGCCACGUACUGUGGCGGCGGCAGCGCCGGCCUCCGGGCAUACAAGACCAUCACGCCCUUGGAGGGCAUCAAGUCUCUCGCAGGUGACGUGGUAUUCUCCCAGGGCGCAUAUGGCCACCAGUCCCUGCCUCUCCUAGGCAAAGCUCUGAAGACCCCAGACGGCAAGCAGAACGGCUUCGUCCUGCGCAUCUACAACGACGCCCCGCCCAAGGCGACCAAGCGCGAGGCCGACACACGCGCGCCGCUGGAGGAGCGGGUCCUCGACGACGCCAACAUCUGGUUCGUCGACUACGAGAACCCGGACCUGGCACCCAUCUGGUGGGCCGAGACGGACGGCGUCCUCGUCCCCGAGAGGUCGGGCGAGUGGGACUUUGGGCUCUCGGUGCACGGCACCGGGGAGCUGUUCAUCGACGGCGAGCUCGUCGUGUCCAACGUCGAGAACCAGAAGCUGGGGAGCAGCUUCCUGGGGUGCGGCACCGUCGAGGAGACGGGCAGGAUGCACCUCGAGGCAGGCCGCGCGUACCGGGUCCUGGUGCGGUUUGGGUGCUCGGCCACCAGCAAGGUGAAGGCGUCCGGGACCGUCGACUUUGGACAGGGCGGUGUGCGCUUUAGUGGGUGUCCUAGGAUCGACCCGGCUGUCGCGAUCCAGGAGGCUGUUGAUGUCGCCAAGAGUGUGGAUCAGGUCGUUGUUUGCACCGGCCUGAGCGGCGAGUGGGAAUCGGAGGGCUUCGACAGGUCGACUAUGGCGCUGCCGCCCGGUACUGAUGAGCUGGUGGCCGCCGUUCUGGCGGCUAACCCGAACACAGCCGUUGUUGUCCAGAGCGGCACCCCGGUUGCUAUGCCGUGGAUUGACCAGGCCAAUGCUGUUGUCCAGGCAUGGUUUGGCGGCAAUGAGUGCGGGAGUGGCAUCGCCGAUGUGCUCUUUGGCGAGGUGAACCCGGCUGCCAAACUCCCACUCACGAUACCUCGACGACUGCAAGACAACCCCGCCGCCCUCAGCUUCCGAUCCGACAACGGCCGCUCGCUAUACAGCGAGGACGUGUACGUCGGAUACCGGUGGUACGACACACUCGACAUAGAGCCCUUGUUCCCCUUUGGGCACGGCCUGUCAUACACAACAUUCGAGGUCUCCGGCCUCGAUGUACAAGUCUCCGCGGAUAGCCUGAACGUGCGUGUGAAGGUGACCAACACGGGUUCUCGUGCCGGCGCCGAGGUGGUUCAGGUAUACGUCACUCCCGCGGCGCGGACGCCGCUGACGAGCUCUAACCGCGAUACCAUCACCCGCCCGGCCAAGGAGCUCAAGGGCUUCGCCAAGGUCUCCCUGGAGCCAGGGGCCAGCGCGACGGCCGAGGUCACGCUGGACAUGCUGCGCGCCACGAGCUACUGGAGCGAGAUGGAGGACUGCUGGCGGAGUGAUGCUGGCGAGUACGGCAUCCUUGUGGGAACGAGCAGCCGUGGCGAGUUUCUUGAGACGGCCUUUGUUCUUCAGAAGACGAGGCGGUGGAAGGGACUGCGUGCUUAAUUUGUUAAUGCUCGCGAAGAGAAUAUUGCAUGGACAUUGCUUGUAAACGUAAGGUAAAUAUUGACUAUUCCAGAAUGUCUGUAGAUGAAGAACAAGUCGCAAAAAAUGAUUUGAAUCCUGAA